CCCGUAAACCUUACCGUAUUUGCUCACACUAAAACGGGGUCUUAAACUCUGAAAAUACGUCCGUAUACGGCUCUAUUUUAAUGAUGUUACGGUCCGUGUUCCUGCGUCUAGUAGACGGUCCGUAACGAAUAUCCGUUUUGGUCGCCCUGGGCAGUGCCGAGAAAAUUUUUUUUUGUAGGGUACACUUUCUGCGCUAGGAAUCUAAAAGUACAACUGAACUUUUUUGACAGUGAGUAUAACGUCAUAGAGGAUGCCUCAAAUUUACUUGGAUGAUACUGUCGUAUAAAAGUAGAGGGUGCUACUAUAUAUAACAGUUUCUAGUUAGCGACGUCGAAAUUUUAGUUUUGUUAAAGAAGCGCUCUAAAUGGAAUACACAUCUCUUCGACAGUUCAAAAUCAAGUGUCUCAUUACUUCAUAUAGAUUAUAACUUCUCCAUUUACGAUCAAAAGUGCUUUAUAUGUGGUCUAUUGGUUGCCAAUGUUAUUGAUCCACAGAAAGACAUAAUAUAACAAGAGAAGAGAAAGAAAGUAAUAUAGUAGUUUUUGUAAUGCUGUUCUUUCUUUUAUUCACUGACUUUUCUUCUUUUGUACAUCUCUGUACUAAAUCUUUAAUGAACUAAAUAUUUAAUUCCCGAUCUCUUUUCUGUAUUCUCAACCAUGUCUGAUCGACUUCAUCGAACAAGUGACUAAAUAAAAUGGAAUAUUAGGGAGUAGACAAACCAAAGCUAUUGCUCGUUAUGUAUUCAUUGUUUGUUAAAUCUUGAAAACAGAGAAAGGAAGUGAAUAGGUGAUUCAUCAGAUUUUGGAAAUACACUCGUGUUUUACCGAGCAGUGGAAUGAAUGCGACAUUUUCUACUUUGCUCUAAGAUACACUGGGAAUGUUUAUCCAGGGCCGCAAAUAGAAGUCGAACAUUAGGGGGGGGUGUAAAUCAAAAUUUCUCUGAGGUAGUGUGAAAUUGAUUAAAAAAAAGUGCGAGGAGUAAUGGAUAAAAUAACAGCAGCUUUUUCAAUUAUUCGGGGUGUGUGCAUCCUCCCACACCCUCCUGUUAUUUGUGUCUCUGUUUAUCAGGCAGUAUGCAAGAGAUACUGAAGCUACGGUCUACAAACUGGAUCUGUGUGUGUCGAGCGAAUUCGACUCUACAUGCUCUGAUGAUAUGAGUUGAACAAAGAAAAGAGUUUAUUGCCUUGUUUUUUCUAAAAAUUAAAAAAACAACAACAAAUAUCUGACGCAAUUACACGUUCUAUCCAAGACAACAAGUAUGCGUUCACAAAUAGUAUACGAUUUGGAACAGUCAUAGGUGUCUCUAGCAUAAUCACUUAUUAUAAGCCACUUAUUUUCUUGAAUAUUUGCUUUUUUUCGUGUAAGUCAUUCAAAUAUAAACUGAAUCAGCAGAAGAAACAAGAGAUCUACGUGUCAUUGUUCACGUUCGUAAUUGUUCCAUAGGUUUUUAUACAUAUCAGUAAGAAAGUUUUUGUUUUUUCAAGUAUUAAUACGAUUAUAGUUUUUUUGCAACAACAAUAUUCAGAAAGAUGCACAAUUAUGGAAAAAAACGAGCUGAAAUUUGGUCACUGAAUGAGCUCAGAAAAGUUUGAGUGAAAGGCAUUCAUUUAACUAAAAGAAAAUUUUUUUUGUUUUCUUAACGUUAAUUUUGUUCAUUUUCCAGAUGGAGACAUCACACGAGGUUACGAAACAAGUAAUAACUACUACUAAUAUAACAUCGUCUACACCUUCAGUGACUGCCCAAAAAUCGUCGCAUAGGAAAAAUUCAUCCGCUUCACAUUCCUCUUCGUCGCAGACAAGUACAUUAUUAUCACCAGCUGGAAUAGCAUCGUUAAUCAGUUUCGUCGUGUUAACAUGUGCUUACAUAUCUGGUUUCAUGUCACGUCUGUUCUCUGUGAUCCGUUUUGAAUCGAUAAUUCAUGAAUUUGAUCCAUGGUUCAAUUAUCGUGCUACCCAUUAUAUGGUUGAAAAUGGUUUUUAUAAUUUUUUAAAUUGGUUUGAUGAUCGAGCGUGGUAUCCUUUGGGAAGAAUUGUUGGUGGAACUGUCUAUCCGGGUCUUAUGGUUACAAGUGGUGUGAUACAUUGGUUAUUACAUAUGAUUAAUAUCCCAAUACAUAUUCGAGAAAUAUGUGUAUUUUUAGCACCAUUUUUUAGUGGACUCACAGCAUUAGCCACAUAUUUAUUAACAAAAGAACUAUGGUCAAAAUCAGCGGGAUUGUUUGCUGCUGCUUUUAUUGCUGUUGCACCAGGUUAUAGUUCACGAUCGGUAGCCGGUUCAUAUGAUAACGAAGGUAUAGCCAUAUUUGCUCUCAUGUUUACCUAUUUUUUGUGGAUUAAAUCAGUGAAAACCGGCAGCAUCUUUUGGUCAUGUUGUACAGCAUUAUCAUAUUUUUAUAUGGUCUCUGCAUGGGGUGGUUAUGUAUUUAUCAUCAAUCUGAUACCCGUACAUGCAUUUGUGCUAAUUGUUCUCAAACGUUAUUCAUUACGUUUAUACGUUUCAUAUUCAAUAUUUUUCAUUAUUGGUCUCAUUUUAUCUAUGCAAAUACCAUUCGUAGGAUUUCAGCCUGUUCGCACAUCAGAACAUAUGUUAGCUGCUGGUGUUUUUGCUUUGAUACAAGCCUAUGGUUGCAUUGAUUAUCUGUAUACAAAAAUACCUCGUGCAAAUGAUUUAAAACAACUGUUUUUCGGUCUUAUUCUAGCCGUUGGUGCACUGGUACUUUUCGUUGUUGUUAUCUUAACAUAUACAGGGUAUAUCGCACCAUGGAGUGGCCGAUUUUAUUCAUUAUGGGAUACAAAUUAUGCUAAAAUACACAUUCCAAUUAUAGCCAGUGUUAGUGAACAUCAACCAACGACAUGGACAUCAUUUUUUUUCGAUUUACAUUUAUUGAUAUGCUUAUUUCCUGUUGGAGCGUGGUUUUGUAUUAAAGAAUUAAACGAUGAACGAGUAUUUAUCGUUCUCUAUGCCGUAUUUGCAUCCUAUUUUGCCGGUGUCAUGAUUCGUUUAAUGUUAACACUAACGCCUUGUGUCUGUGUGCUAGCUGCUAUUGCAUUAUCAAAAACAUUAGAUUAUUAUGCGGAUACGGAUUCUCGAGAGAAUAAUACUUCAGCUGCGGCAUCAGCUGAUGAUGUUGAUGAUACAGUUGAUAAUGAUGAGGAUGAUAAUAGUGAAACAACAAGCCGCCAAUUAUAUGAUAAAGCGGGAAAAGCAAAAUCACUAUCGACUACAAGCGGGACGACAACUGGUAGUAGAUCUCGUCAACAAUUGACAACAACGAGUGCAACUGCAACAGACGCUAAUGAAGAUCCUGAUAUUAUCAGUUCUAAUAUAAAAACGAUCGUUGUUAUAUGUAUAGCAAUGAUGUUAAUGUUAUUUGCUGUUCAUUGUACAUGGGUAACAUCAAAUGCUUAUUCAUCACCUUCAAUCGUGUUGGCAAGUUAUAAUCAAGAUGGCUCAAGAUAUAUUAUAGAUGAUUUUCGUGAAGCCUACUAUUGGUUACGUAAAAAUACUCCCGAUCGUUCUCGUGUAAUGUCUUGGUGGGAUUAUGGCUAUCAAAUAGCUGGUAUGGGCAAUCGGACAACGUUAGUUGAUAAUAAUACAUGGAAUAAUAGUCACAUUGCGUUGGUUGGCAAAGCAAUGUCAUCUAAUGAAACGGAGGCGUAUAAAAUUAUGCAAAUGUUAGAUGUCGAUUAUAUUUUGGUCAUAUUUGGUGGUGUGAUCGGUUAUUCCGGAGAUGAUAUUAAUAAAUUUUUGUGGAUGGUACGAAUUGCUGAAGGUGAACAUCCAAAAGAUAUUCGGGAGCAAGAUUAUUUUACUGAAAAUGGUGAAUUUCGUGUGGAUUCAGCCGGUUCACCAGUAUUAUUAAAUUGUCUAAUGUAUAAAUUAUGUUAUUACCGUUUUGGUGAAUUACAAUCGGAUUUUCGAACACCACCUGGCUUUGAUCGUACACGUAAUGUUGAAAUUGGAAAUAAAAAUUUUGAUUUAGAAUAUGUUGAUGAAGCAUACACUACUGAACAUUGGAUUGUACGCAUUUAUAAAGUUAAAAAAUUAAAAAAUCGUUUACAAGCUAAAAAUGCAUUAAGACAAGUAUUACGACGAAAAUCGAUAUAUUCACAAAAAAGUAGUAAAUCGACCCAACGUAAACAAGGUGUUAUUUUAAAUAAACCACAAGUGAAAAAAGGACAAUUAAAAUCGAAAUCAAUUAGAAAAUAA